AUAACUUCUCGAGCUGAGCUAAUGUCAAAAAGUUAUGUUUAGGUUCUUUUCGUCCAACCAGCUACGGAAUAAGUAAAGUUGAAUAACAUCGUUUUAGCUUUAAAUAUUUGUUGGUAAACUUGUCGAAAUAUGAAAUGCUUCGUGUCUACGUGCAGUAGUGAUUUCCACGGGGUCAAGUAUGAGAAUGGUUUACGGUUUAAUUUCUUUUCGAAACAUCGAUUUCCGCAAAAUCUCGAGCGACGCAUCCAAUGGCUGAACGCGAUCGGGAAUGCUGUUCAGAAAGUUUUUGCCAUCAAUGAGAUCAAUUUCAGUGCAGUCCGAAUAUGCUCGAAACACUUUCGGGAAAGUGAUUACUAUUACAAAAAUGAAAGGAAGUUGCUGAAGAAAACUUCUAUACCGGUAAUUUUUGAAAAAGUUUCUGCACCGCCUGAACUGGAUGAUAGUUCUAAUGGUGAAUUUCAAGAGUUAGAGUUUGGGUUAACUCAAGACAACCAACACACAUCUGAAAACUGCAAAAUGAAAACGGUGUUCAAACUGGAAAAGUUCCCUUUUGUGUGCCGAAUGUGUCUAAAGGAAGCUUCAGGAACAAUGACUUCACUGGAUGUGGCAGAUCCCAUAUUUGACGGCAACAUAGGUGAUUUUAUUUCGGGCAUUACUUUCGAAAUCGAAGAACGCAAGGAAAAAUAUUUACCCCGCGAAGUUUGCCAACAGUGCUUAGAACUGCUCAAAUUUUUUGCAAAGUUUCGGUCCAAGUUGUUUACUAUGCAUAUGUUGAUGGAUUCACUUGCGGAGUUAAAACUAGCGAACCCAGAUCCAAUUAGAAAUUUAUUUCAGACCAAAUCUGAACAGUUAUCGGUACUAUUUAAAGACCUUAAGCUAUGCACCAAAGAUCAGUACGACGUAGAAGAUUUGCUGGCUGAAUUCCCUGAGUAUUGCAUUGCCAAACUGGACAACACCGUCGUUAGUGAGAAAAUAGUUGAAAAAAUCGAACUUGAUGAAAACUACUUCUAUGCAGAAGAGUGUACAACCAGUGAACUGUCUGAAUUAAUUAUCGAGCCGAUAGAGAAACAGCCCGCACGUGUGGCUAGGAAAGCACGUAAACGUGAGCAAUACGAUCCAACAAAUUUGAACGAAAACGAUAGCGCCAGAGAUUCUUCAGCUGACAGAAGUCCUGUUAUGAAGUAUGGAGGUCCAAAAUUGGCUGAACCCUUGUAUUGCCCAAAAUGCAAAUUUCAUACAUACUAUGAAUAUAAUUUUCAAAGUCACCAACUUGUUCAUCUUAAACGUGAAAACAGGAGAUACGAGUGUAAGCACCCUGGAUGUACCGAGGUAUUUCUCACAAAUAGGUCCCGCAACAGCCACUAUGGGCAACGUCACAAGCCGUUGGUUUGUGACGCGUGUGGCAAACAGUUUCCAACUGGGAAAUCGUUGACUUUGCACAAAGAACGUCACCUUAAUUUGAUGAACCAUUAUUGUACUUUUUGUGGUAAAGGGCACAACACGAAGCAGGAUCUUAGAAUUCACAUAAACAAUAAACACAAUGCAUCACAUGUCUUCCCUUGUGAAACUUGUGGAUUGCAGUUUAAACGAAAGUCAAUUCUCAACGACCAUAUGUUAAUCCACACCAAUAGAAGGGAUCAUAAAUGCGAUAAGUGCGAUAAAGACUUUAUGCUAAUCUCUGCGCUGCGAAAACACAUUCGAACUGUACACGACAGGGUUCGGUUUGCCUGUGAGCAUUGCGACGAAUCUUAUUGCAGGCGCAAAAAACUACGGGAUCACAUUGAGUAUGUGCAUGGGAUUCAAUCGCGGUUUAUUUGCGACAUUUGUCUGCAGAUUUUUUAUGACCAGGGUGCCCUGGACAAGCACAAGACUCGCCACGCCAAUCCCCAGCAACAGGAAUGCGGCGUUUGCUUGGCUAUGUUUCCAACUGCCGAUGCAAAGGAGGGCCAUCUUUGCAUUACCUACAGGGACGACUAUAUUUGCUGUGAGAGAGAUUUUCGAUAUCAUUACUUCUACAACAAGCACAUGUUACUCAAGCAUGGUAUCCGUGUAAACGUACGUGUCAAACCGGAUCCAAACCAAUUACUUGGAUACAUUAGAGCUAAGCGGAAACGUAUUGAGACAUGUCCAAAGUGUGAGUGUAUGUUCCCAACCAGGAAUCAGAAAAAGGUACACAUGGCGCAGUGUGUUGGUCCUGCUGAGGUUAGCAAUGAGCCGUUCCUUGAAGAUGCAAAAGAAGACGCAGACGUAGAAGAAGUUUAUCUGAUAGAUGACCUAUAAUUACAUUAAAUAUAGUCCAACUUUACUGCCCACUAGUUUCAAGACCAAGAAAACGGUCGAUUGCAUUAACGUGUUAAAAUGGAAACCGCAGCUGAUUAUCAUUAGAGCCAGUUAAUAAUAAAAUGAAAAUAUCAAACGGCAAACACAAUGCUCAGCUUUUU